AUGGCCGAAGUGGCCGGCACCAUUUUUGGUGUCAUCUCUCUCUCCAUACAGCUGUUUGAAAAACUGAACACGUACACCAACAGUGUCAAAGAUGCAAGAACGAAGGCUGAACAAAUCACCAGCGAACUGGACACACUGGUGAACCUUCUUGAGAAUCUGGAGACCAUCAUCAGCAGACUGGACCCUACUACAUCCACCGCAUUGACUAGGAACAGCAUUCAAGAAUGCGCACGGGCUAUUGAGGUGAUCAGAUCGAGAUUUGGAGACGUCCCGCCAGUAAAAGGCUCCGUCAGGUUCUGGACACGUUCUGAGAAUGUCAUCAAGCGACUGACAUAUCCCUUCAAAGAGAACGAUAUAAAGUACUGGAAGGAUGUUCUGGCCAGCAUCCAACAGAGCCUACAGACCGCGUUGCUGGUAUCGCAAAUCGAUCAGCAGCAACGAUAUUUCAUGACUGUACAAGCACAGAUUGGUCAACUCUCCCUCAAUACUAGUGCUGGAAUUCAGAUGAUCAUAGACCGGCAGCGAUACUUCCAGACUCAAGAUAGCAGCUACACCACACGCCAGAACCAGAUGUGUGGCAUCAGCUGUCUCUUCGAUCAGAGACUUCACGAUUCUGGGCAGCGCCUUCUUGAUCUGGGCCAACAAGUACGUACCGUUCGUGGCGUGGUUGAGCUAGAGCUCCACUGGCUCUAG